AUGGACACUUUGUUCAGCAAUCUCAACACCAAGUAUGAUGCUGUUGCCACUCAUGUGAAGAAACUAGAGACUCAAGUCACUCAAACUAUGGAAGCUGUUAAGAGACAGGAAGCUGAAUCCAAGAAGUCCUUUUGCAACUCAGCCGCCAUAGAAGAAAGAUUUGAAGACCAAGUUCCAGAAUGGAUGCUUUCAAAACCUACUGUUGAUUGCAUGAUUUGGCCUGAAGAGAUUACCCAGAGAGAGAGUCCAAUCGAGCUAGAAAGAGAAGACUCUUCCCAAAGAUUAUCCCCAAGACAGAUAACUCAGGAAAGUUUGCUGUGCCUUGUAUCAUCAAAGAUUGGAAAUUGCUCUAUCCCUACUGAUUUCCAGAUUGUGGAAAUGAGAGAGAGUAGCCAUAGACCUCUCAUAUUUGGAACCCCUUUCCUGUCUACUGUGGGUGCCAUAUUUGAUUUCCCCAAUCAAAGAAUCUCUUUCAACAAGGUGAACAAGGGUAUGUUCUUCCCUAUGUGUUCAACAAAGAACUCUUUUGUUGACAUGGUCCAAGAGGAGAAAGCUACUUUGAAGCCACCCCAAGAAGGAGAAACUGAAGAAACAAUCAAGGAAGAUCCCAUUCCUAAGCCCAAGCAGCUUGCCAAACAAGCAAGGAGUAAGACUAAGGCCCCUACACCAAAACCGCCCAAGGGAUCAACCAAGAUUGAAGAUGAGGCCAAGCCAAGAAGAAGGUUAGAAAAGCCUAGUAGUGCCAAGGGACAUUCAUGGAGAGAUUGUCUAUCCAGCUGUGAAUCACCCACCAGAUACUCAUUGCAAGGAGAAAAGACUUGGAGGAUCAAGGAUGCCUCUUGUCUCCAUCUUCUCCUGAGCGCCAAGCCUUACAGUCAAGCUAAAGACUUAAAACAAGCGCUGCAUGGGAGGCAACCCAUGAGGAUAGAAGGAGAAAAAGGUGUGAAAACACAAUCCGCGAAAACAUUGGCCGCGGACGCGCAAAGAAAUUUGGCCGAGCAAUUCCAACCGGCCGACCGUUACGGUCGAGCCGGGAAGGAACGGCAUGCUCGGCCGGAUUCUAUGCGCGACAAAACCGUUCGUCCGAGCACGCACGAACAGGAAGGAACAGGCCGCGUUCGGCCAAGAGAACGGAACGGACCGACCGUGCCGGUCGAUCCGGGAAACAAACGUUCCCUCGGCCAAAUUUUCGUUCGGAACGGGACCGACCGCCGAUCGACGGGAAAUCAUCGGCCAUCGGCCGAAAUCUCUCGGCCAAGGUACCCAAUGGCAAGGACAAAAGAAAGUGAGACCAUGAAGAAGAAGGAUCCAUUCAUGCAACCACCAAGGAAACAAAUCAAGCUAGGGAGCAGCCACAGAAAUGCAAGAGCAGCAACCCCACCUUCACCACAUUCCAUUGAUGAAAAUCAAGAUCAUGUGGAGGUUCCAAGAGGAGAAGACGAUUGGCCACUGAUGUCUUUUGGAGCAUUCUGGAGCAUAUGGGACAUGAGGAGCAUGGAGGGACUUGGCACAUGGAAGCAGCUCAACUGGAUACGCAAAGGAAGAAGGGAGAAGCCAUCUUGA